UAAUCGCUUUCCAGUCAGUCAAGCGAUUUCAAUGGUAAAAAACACAGAGGCGCAGUAGGUGGAACUGGAAGCGGAAGUGAAAACAUAGGAAACUCUCUCUCACUCGCAGCUUUUCACUUCUACUUCUAGUGCCAACAAGGUUUGAACUUUGAAUUGAAGUGAACAACUUGAAUAGGGAGUUGGGCUGUUUUGUUGAGGAAGACACAGUAGAGAGAAUGGAGCGUAGUUUGUGGGGUCACUUACCGCUAUUGAUGAGGUCGAAUUCGAAAGAGUCAGUAGAAUACAUUCUCCAAGCCCUUUGGAGAACACGAAAAACGGGUCUCGACUCCGCCGACAGCCACAUCGUCCGCGACAUGCUCCAGCUUGAAAACGAUUCCGACCUCGACCCUCUUUUGGUAUGUCUUCGCAUGUUGAUCUGUAGGUUUGUUUACGAGAAUGUCAGCAGGGAUGACAUUCAUAAACUGUUUCCCACUGAAGUAUUGCCUGAACUACAAAGACUACUUACGCUUCUGCUACAAAAGUUUCAACUAGAAUGGUGGGACGAUUUACUCAAGGAUCAGGUUACUUUGCCCCGGUUGAAGGCAAUGACAUGGGAUAUGGCAAAUCAGGAUGCUGAAUCAGUAGACCCUGUGGCUGUUAUCAACUUGAAGCUUCAAAAUGAAGCACAGUCUCACUCGGGAGAAUUGGAUGUGAAGUUCCAAUUAGCUCAAGAUACUCUAGAGACGAUGCUGCGUUCCAUGUACUCUAUAAGAGACCCGUUGUCUAACAUGGAUAAGACCUCAACCAGGCAUUUAUCCCAAGAAACCAAUGUGGUGUAGUUUAUGAUAUGCGUGAGAUACUGUGAAUGGUUGUUCAUGACUUUGUCAGGCAUCUUGAAAAGCUUGAAGUAUGGGAACUUAGCAAUUGUACUAAACUUCAAAUUCUUCCAAGUUGUCUCAUGAUGAAAUCUCUUGCAUCUUUAACACUUACAAGCUGCUCAAGCCUCAAGAAGUUACCCGAUUUUUCUUUUCUCAAGAAAUGGAAUGUUUAUUAUAGUUAGCACCACACUCCACUGGUAUUUGUGAAUUGUUUUUGUCAUUUGCGAAUCUCAUUGGACUUAAGAACUUACUCCUCAAAAACCAUUUGGUACAUCUUACAAAGUAGUAUUUAUAAAUUACAACAUAUUGAAGGGCUCUCUCUUUACGUUGAUGUCA